CCCUCGUCCCUAGCAAGAAGAGACCUUUGAUGGAGCUACGGGGAGGGGACCGUGGAUUUACUGAAUGUAGCAGGGGUGGUCUGGGGGCUGAGACCAUGUAACUACUCCUUCCGCCUGUCCUUUCUCCUGUCCCUGUUCUUCGCUCCCUUUCUUUGCUCUACAGCCUCCAGCCUUCCUCCUCAACCUUCCUUGGAUCAGGAUCUUAAUGCUCAGGAAAGAGGAGAUCCUGCGAGGGUUAACCGAUCUUUCCUCUCCCCCCACACCUCACUUUCUUUCCUCCUUGCCAAUCCCUUAUUUUUCCACUUCCCUCCUCCAAAUUGGCUUCUCCCACUUUCCGUGUGGCUCUUAGGCUACUGAGGCAAAGCACAAGCCCCUUGCCCAGAUUCACCUGCGAUCCUGUCCUGCCUCUAAAAAACCACGGUGGUGCUUCUGGGUGUUUAUUGCCCCAGUUUCUCAGCCCAGGAGAAUUCAAACUUCUCCCAGACUUCUCCUCCUCAGUUUACUCCCAUCUUCAUUCCCAGUCUCCUUAGUCCCGAGGAAAACUACUUUCUUGCCCUUGCAUAAGCAGCUUCACUUUUUCCCUGAACUAGUUGCCUGAAAGCCCAGCUCCAUCCAUCCAUUUCAUUUCCGAUGCUCUCCCAUUCACCCCCUCCAUAAAAGAGAUUUUCCACAGCAGAGGAAUUUGAGAAACUUCAAUAACCUUCUCUUGGGGAAACUUUCUAGCAAUCUUCAUUUAAAGGCCCUAAGUACCCAACCUCAACUUUUUUCAUUUUUGGUUUACCCUCUAGUAGGGCCCACAGCUGAAAGGGAGAAAGUAGAUACCCUGUGCAAAGUCUAAAGUAGGGUGCAGGAAGGGAGGAAAACAUUUUGGGAGGCUUACCAGGUAGACUUCAGAAUCACUAAGUCAGUUCUCAGUUCUUGGGGUGUAAUCUGUUUGCUACUUGUAUGAGACAGUGAGAAAGCAAACUCCUCUGCAUUCAGAUUCGCUUGGACCUCCCAAACCAUCCUAUCUUCCUCAGCAACGACUCCGGCUGCCCCUCCAGGGCUCUCUGCUUCUACUGGGCACAUGCUGGUGCCCCCGAGUGGGCUGCUGUGGUGGUGGUGCUGCUACUGUGCCUGUUACUGUUGUGGACCAAGCGCCCAGGCUCCCCAGAUGUUGCGCCACCAGGGUCUCCUCAAGUGCCGCUGCCGCAUGCUCUUCAACAACCUGAAGGUUUUCCUACUGCGGCGCCCCCCUCCUCCAACGCCCCUGCCCAUGCACGGUGACCCCCAGCCCCCCGGUUUGGCAGCCAGCAACAACACUCUUCCGGCUCUGGGUGCCGGGGGGUGGGCAGCCUGGAGGGGUACUCGAGAAGGAGUCGGCAGGGAGACGCCGCCUGUGCCACCUCCACCACUUUUGCCACCUUCUUCUGUGGAAGAUGAGUGGGGCAGCCCAGCCACAGAGCAACCUGCCUUGCUGCUCAGCAGUGCCUCCUCAGAUGACUUCUGUAAGGGGAAGGCUGAGGAUUGCUACUCACUUGGCAGCAGCCUGGACAGUGGCAUGAGGACCCCACUCUGCCGCAUCUGCUUCCAGGGGCCAGAACAGGGGGAAUUGCUGAGCCCUUGCCGGUGUGAUGGCUCAGUCAAGUGCACACACCAGCCCUGCCUCAUCAAGUGGAUCAGCGAGAGGGGCUGCUGGAGCUGUGAGCUGUGCUACUACAAGUACCACGUCAUCGCCAUAAGCACAAAGAAUCCUCUGCAGUGGCAGGCCAUCUCUCUGACAGUCAUUGAGAAAGUCCAGAUUGCAGCUGCCAUUUUGGGUUCUCUCUUCCUCAUUGCCAGUAUCUCUUGGCUCAUCUGGUCAACCUUCAGUCCCUCUGCAAAGUGGCAGCGCCAAGACCUCCUAUUCCAGAUCUGCUACGGGAUGUAUGGAUUCAUGGACGUGGUGUGCAUAGGGCUCAUCAUCCACGAGGGCCCCUCUGUGUACCGCAUCUUUAAGCGGUGGCAAGCUGUCAAUCAGCAGUGGAAAGUGUUGAACUAUGACAAGACAAAAGACCUGGAGGAUCAGAAGGCAGGAGGCAGGACCAACCCCAGGACCUCCUCUUCCACCCAGGUCAACGUCCCAUCCACUGAAGAGGAGGCCACAGGCACUUCUGGCCCUGAGGAAGGUCCUGCCAGGGCUGCCAGCCACCCCUCAGACCCACUGUCCGAUCACCACUGUGCUUACACCAUCCUGCACAUCCUGAGCCACCUCAGACCUCAUGAGCAACGGAACCCGCAGGGCGGCAGUCGGGAGCUCGUCAUGAGGGUCACGACAGUGUGAGAGACCCCCAGGAAGGCUGUGAUCAAGAGAUGAAAGGCCAGGCCAGGCAGGGUCCUGGUUCCAUGGCAUAUCUGCCUGGGGGGCAGGUGUGUGUGUGUGUGU